UGAUGAUUUCCUUAAUGUGCGCCUUAUCCACUGCUAACUUCUUUUCUUAAUUUCCUCCUCAGCUGGAAGUUGGUUUGUUCUCUCCCACAUUGGGCUGUUUCUGAUGGCGUCUGGCUAACGGACAUUCAGUAUUUUACGUAGACAACUGUUUAUAAUUACUUAUACGUUUUUUAUUAUGGUUGUGGCGAUUCUCCAAGUUCCAGAUCCGUACAGUAGGACUGUCUUGAUGAUCGUAUUGUAAAUAAUAUGUGAUAUAUGUACGGUCAGGCUUUUCUAAUUUCUUCCAUUGUAACAGGCUGGCGUCGCUAUAGGUGCUUGUUGUCUGAUGCAAACGCCUUAGUUAUCACACUUCACGGUCAGCAGCAUAACAUCAGACCGCUAGCUUGCUGCUCUUAGUCUUACUGUCCCUCAAAUGAUUUUCUGGAGUAUCAGGACCUAAAGAAAAAAGUGUUCCAGUCAAUAUAGAUCAACUGGAAUAUUACUAUAUGCAAACCUGAUAACUACGUUAAGGAAGCAGAUACGAUUGGAAAACAAUAACGAGGUGGGGUACAUGGACAUAGUUUACAACGCUCUUUUAACCAAGAACAAAGACGAAUGCCUUCUGAUACGAAGUUUAGUUCAAGAAGAUUGAUUUUAUGAUCAAGUGGUUGCCGUAGACUUCAUAAGCGGAAUGAUCACAAAUUAGUAUCACUGGUGAUAACAAGAGUGAAGUGGUAAAGUGCGUAUAAUUACAGAAACAAGUAUUUAAACUGUAUAUUUUGUACCAAAUAAUUUUAAUUGUCGCCGUUUAUUAAUUUUAGCUAAGUAGUCGUCAUUCAAUUUAUUCUUGUGGACAAAAACGCUUAUAACGUAAACCACUACUUAUAAUGGUUAUGAAGCAACGUUUAAAACUUGAUCCGAAACUGUUUUUAGCUGAAAUAAAGGGAAAUCGUAAGAAAAUUUUUAGUAUGGUGGAGAAAUUAGCGGAACACUCCGUUUUAUUCAAACAACAUGCCAAAGAAUUUUCCAAUGUAGCAAAAAAUCAUAUCUCUGCUAUGAAAUCUACAGAUGAUCAUACAGUUUAUCUAAAUUCCAUAGUGGAAACAGAACUCAUUAUUUUCUCGUUGAAUGUCAUGUUAAAAUCAUCAGGAGCUCGUCAUAUUUUAGUUGAAAAGGAAUUGUUUGCCUUAUUGAGUGAAUUAGAUCAAUCACUUAACAGUAUUUCACCUCCAUUUAAUGAUGCAACUUUGAGAGAACUGUCAAUACAGCACCAAAAUCGAGACCAGCAUAAUUCGAUUGAACAAGAUCCGGGUCCAGUGAGAAUUUCAAAUGACAAUAAUGAUAUUAAAUCAAGUGUAACUAAUCCUAAUGAAGAAAAUUGUCAAAUACUAUCUUGUGUUAAUAAUAAUAAUAAUGUUAUUAAAGCUGAUUGCAGCUCCUCUACUGAGCAGCCAAAACGCAAAUCUUUAAAACGUGUGAGAAAGCUUAGUAGUAAUGAUGAGGAGUGUUUGAUUUGUAAAUAAAUCAGUUUUUGCAUGAUCA